GUAGCAGCUCAAAAUUUUUCAAGAAGAAGAAGUUUUCCUGUUUUGUUUUUCUAGCCCCCAUUUGAUUAUAAUUUCUAGAAAAUGGGCAGCCUAAAAUUUUACAUGUUUGCCUAUUAUCAAUUUUGUUCCUUCUAACUGUAGAUUAUUAGUUGUAAAUCCCCAAUCACAUGAUAGUUUCUGCUGUUUAUUUGAUUGAUAUUCAAAGGAUCAAGCCUUACCUUUCUAUGAACCCUAUUAAAUUUCUAUAUUCAACAGCUUGAGAGAACAGAAACCAUUACUUUUGGGUGGAAUUGGUUAUAUCUUCAUGUAACCUAAGAGUCUUUGGAAUUUCAAUAAUUUUGCCACCAACCAUUUAAUCUCUCUCUGUAAAUUAUUGAACUAGACAACUAACCCAUGUGUUCAUCUUGUGAAGACUGUGCCCUGAGGUCGAGGUUAUGGAGUUUGGUCCAGGCGAAGAGACUCGUUCUGGGACCAAGUGGACCAGGAUCCACCAACCUUGGGUGCUGUGGUUCUCCAUGAGAGCUUGGAAGACUUCUCAUCAUGUUUAAAAUGGGAAAGAACCAGAGCCAGGACUCCAAGCUGCAGUUUAACAAGAACGUUCCAGGCUGCUUCUGGAGCAUAUUCCAUACCAUUGACUACCAUCGAUGGAAUAACGUUAAGAAGAUGCUUCCUUACAAAAAACAUUCAAGAAGCAAGGGAGGUCCAAAAUCAACUCCAAACAACCACCACCUGGCCGAAGUGUCAGAACAAAGUAAUGAUGGAAACAACCCUCUAAUGGUAAAGUGUACCGCAGAGAGUUGUCCUAUUCGCAAAAAACCCGGAGAAGCCCAUGUAAAUGAAGUGAUAACUAAAGAGAUGUCAGAAGAAGAUAUUACAAAAUUCUGGAAAUUGAAUUCCAGUUCAAAACGAAGGUUGAUUCGAACACAGUCUAUACAUCAUUUAGAGCCUUCGUAUGAUUCUCCAGGAUAUAAUGGUGAAAAUGGAGACAAUGGAGUCACUCCUCGACAGAAAACUCCUAUGAAACUAGCUGCAUCUGGAAUGAGGAGUAUUUCUCUGAAUGCCAUGGAUAAUGAGGACUACUUUAUCCAGGGAAAGAUUGCUAUCCGAUUGAAGUCUUUUACAGAAAAAUCUAAUGGAGCAAAGAAAACCUUAGAAACAAACAAUAACAGAAACGUCUCUGGUCGCUCAUUUAAGGAAGACACUCACAUCCAAGAGAUAUUUAAGGCAAAUAGAAAACUAUUUGCUGAAUUGUUGAAGGGUGCACGUGGUAAGAACACUCUCCAAAGCCCACAAAACAAGAAGUCCUCAGCAAGUCUAGCAAAAUCAAGGUCCUUUCCUGCUCCUGGUUUAGCAGGAAAAGGAUAUAAAAAGCUUACCUCACUCCAACACAAGCAGUAUGAGUCCUUUCCAAAACAAAAAUCUAAUUAUCCCCACCCAUCAAAGCUGGUUGAAUCUGAAUCUCCAAAGAAUUUUCAUGAAGAUUCGACACCUUGUGAUUCUGAUAGUACUUCAAGCCAUAACAUAAGAGAACAAACAACCCCUUCUUCUUUGGGCUCGAAUCGAGGACUAAGGCAUGGGGGAUGGAAUCAGUUGGUUGUCAAGCGUUUCAAUAUUAUUAAGCAGAAAAUAAGACGCUCAUUCAAGGAGAGGAAGAAGGGAAAUAACCAGAAAACAUCUAAAGUUAUAUCAACCGUGAAUUGCUCUGCACAUGAACUUCCCCUUUCCAGAAAAGACAGGCCGAAGGAAAGUAUAGGAACUGCCACAAGUGAAAAUAUCUCAGGCAUUAGAAGAUAUAGUGAGACUGGUAAUUCUGAGAAUGAUAAUAUCAGUAAUGGAGUUCUAACCAAGACAGGAAUUGCUUCACCAAGUGCUUCUCUGGAAAGAUAUUCUCAACUUUCUGAUGACUCAGGUAUUAUAGGAUACAGUGAGACUGACAAUUCUGAGAAUGAUAAUCUCAGUAAUAGAGAUCAAACCAAGAUCGGAACUGCUUCAUUAAGUGCUUCCCUGAAAAGAUAUUCUCAACUGUCUGAGUACAGUUUCGAUAAAAACAGAGAGGCAAAGUGUUACGACUCUCUAACCUUAAGGCUGAUUAAUGAAAAAAAGAUUCCGAAUAUAGAAAAGCCUAAAAAAACCUUUGGAAGGAAUCUUUCUUCACCUGAUAUUGACCUCUUUUGUACAUUAUUUACUGACCCUCCUCGUGCUGUUUCUCGCACAAAAAAAUCAAAGAGGGGUUUGGCACAUUCGAGUACAUAUAAUAAUAUUAGAACGGAUGAGAAUCUAGCCCAUAUAUUAAGCAUACAUGUAUUUGAACCGUUGAACAGAGAUUCACCAAGUAUGAUAGAAAAAGGCAAUGACAACAUGCCCGUUGAUCAUUCAGGUAGUUUAAACGAGGUCACAAAUGAUGAGGGAACUGCCUGGGUAGAUGAGCUCGAGGAGAAAUUACCUCACUUAGAUAUAUCAAAUGGUAAACACCAACAAGUAUUGGGUAGUGAAUGCAUAGUUGAAGAUGUUAGGGAGACUGUUGAUCAUUUCAGCGAUCAUUCACACAUCAAUCAAGUCUUGGAACUUGAAACUUGUUUUCAAGAUGAUGAAACUUCGGAGCUCUCAGACUCGGAAGGCGCAAUACUAAAGUCUGGUUGCAGUAUUGCAAAUGAGCUUGAACCUUCUGAUGACCAACCUAACGAGUCCAGGACAGGAGGAGCUUUACCAACUUUUGAAACCAUUGUCAAUGAUGAGAUAAUUGAUGACGCUGAAAAGAUUCCUAACUAUCUCCAUCUGCAUUCUGAGCUUAGUAGAAUCGACAGUGCCGACUUCAACUAUAUGAGGUAUAUUCUUCAGCUCUCCAGCUUUAUCGAAAGUGGUCACAUAAUAGACCAACAACUUAAUCCUUCAAUAUUCGCGAGAGAGGAAGCUCACUUUUACAAAAAACUGGAAUGCUAUUGGGAGAUGGUUGACAAUGAUUCUGAUCACCUACUUCUGCUUGAUUUAGUUUAUGAGACAUUACAUAAUGUAUAUGAAAAUUCAUUCAUUGGUUUCCUUAAAACUUUCUCCUCGACAAGCCAAAUUCGUCCAAUGCCACUUGGGCUGUAUCUUCUCGAGGAGGUCCGAGGAAAAGUUGCCUGGUACCUGAGCUUGGGACCAGAACUAGACCAAUGUUUAGAUGAUGUUGUGGGGCGAGAUUUAAGUAAAGGUGAUGAUUGGAUGAACCUUCAAUCUGAAACAGACUACAUAACUCUUGAGUUGGAAGAUUUGAUUCUUGAUGAGCUUUUAGAUGAAGUAUUAAGUUUUUAGGAUUUCUUGGUAGAUCUUGUUGAUAUUGUACAGUGUCAAUCAAAGUAAACAUUAGAGAAACCAUUAUGAGUUGUUCUAGUGGUAAAUAAGAAAACAUCCCCUUGAUAAAGACCUAAGAGGUCAUGGGUUCAAUUUAUGAUAGCCACCUACCUAAGAUUUAAUAUCUUACAAGUUUCCUUGACAUCAAAACGGGUAAAAUCAGACGGAUUACCCCCUGAAAUUAGUCGGGGUGCACGUAAGAUGCCCCGACACUCACGGAUAUAAAAAAAAAAAAAAAAAAAGUAAACAUCAAAGGAUUAUUGUAAGGCUCAAGUAGGUGAAAAUAUAAAGAGAAAAUAGAUGCAAUCAUAGUUUGUUUUCUUUCUUCUUUCUUCUUCUUCUUCUUCUUCUUCUUUUUUUUUUUUUUGACUCCCCUAAGGAGAGGGGGGAAGGGACUAGAUUUUUAGUAUUUUCAAUCUCAUGUAAUUAUUUACACAUGUAUAUAAUAUCUUGUUUGUGUAAAAACAAUCACUGCAGUUUUGUGGAUGAUUCAUUCCUACCGUCUUUAUUA